AUGUCUUUUCAUAUCUAUCUCUGUAUCUCAGUCUAUUCAUAUCUAUCUAUCUAUCUAUUAUUCUCAGUUGCUUCAUAUCUAUCUAUAUGUCCUGUGAAUGAUUCAGAUUUUUAUUUACUCUUUUUGUUUUUCCUUGCAUUUUUCUUCAUUCUUAAUUCUUCCUUUCACCCUUAUUCACAUAAACUUCAUUUUUCUAGAAUUUUCUUUCUUUCUUCUAUGUUUCUUCCAUUUUUUUUUUCUUGCUGUCCAUUUUUUAAUAUUUAUUUUUUUCUUCAUCAAUUUCUGACAAUUCCAGUUUCCUCUGAUCUUUCCUUUUUUCUUCUCCUUUUCUUCAAACUUUUCUUCCUUUCUACCAUUUUCUCUUACAUUCUCUUUUUAUCUUCCUUUUUUUAUAUUUUUCUCAAUUUUUCCCUUUUUUUCUUGCUUCUUUUGUUUGUUUCUUUCUCUUUAAUUCGUCACUUCUUUAUUUUGUUUCUGUCUAUCCCUUUGUUUUUAACAAUCCCAGUUUCCUUCCUUUUUUCCUAUUUUUCUUUCUUCCCCUUUUUUUCAACCUUUUCUUCCUUUCUCUUUUUCAUUUUUCUCUUUCAUUCUCUUGUUCAUUUCCUUUUUAUUUUUCUUCGCUUUUCUUCUCUUCUUUUUCUACCUUUCUCUUUUCUUUUCUUCCUUUUAUUCAUUCUUCAUUGUCUUUUUAUUUCUGCUUUUCUUUUUAUUAUUUAA